AUGCCGAAAGGGAAUGAUGAAUUACCAAUGGCUAUUACUCAAUCGAUCAUGGACAGUCCUGAACUUCGCAAACAGCUGAUUUCUCUUCUUCUUCCUCCGUCUACUGCUGUGACAGCAACAACAACGACAAAUAGUCGUAUGGACAGUGAAGAACAGAAAGAAAAAGAAAAAAAUAACAAACUCGACGAUCUCUUGAUGGCACGAGCUAACGAAAUUGGUAAUUUACUUGCCUCUACAGUUGGAAAAAUUCUAUCUGAACGUGUCGAUAAAUUAGAAAAUCGAUUAGAAGCAGUAAAGAAUGAACUCGAAGUUGCUCGUCGUUAUUCGCGCUCAUUCAAUAUACGUGUCUAUGGUAUUCCAGAUUCUCCAAACGAAACUCCGGUUCAGACUCAACUUAACCCUUUACCCCCCCCUUGGGUUAAACUUGAAGAAUUGUUUGUUACACAUUUGGGUCUAAAUUUAAAACAUGGAAUUGAGUUUAGUCAUAGACUACCUUCGUCCAUUAAAGAUAAACCACGUCCUAUCAUCGCUCGUUUUUAUUCACGGCUUGAACGACAACAAGUAUUCUCAUCACUUGGUAAAUUGAAAGGGAAAGAUUUGGCUGUUACUAUCUUUGAUGAUUUGACACCGUCUGUUUUGGUUAUAUACAAGCGUGAACGUGCUGAUCUUAAGAGUGAUGGUACCAAGCGAGUGAUUUCUCGACAAGGGAAGAUGUUUAUUCAGGAUGUUAAUGUUCGAAGUCUUCAACUGGUGUCAAAGUAA